ACGCAUGAGCUGGUUUCUUACCUGGAUCUGUCUCUGCGUGGGAGUCGGCGUCCUGUCGCUCUUCUUGAGACUAAGGCUACCACCUCCAGGAAUGCUCAGGGCAAACUCGUCUGUGGGGACACCUCGCCCACCCACACUGCCAAGUCUCCACCCUGGCCCCUGGCCCCCACCAGGACGCCCUCCCAUACCAUGAGGGUCCUCUGGUGGGUCUUGCAGGAGUGACACAGGGCAGUGAGAGGAUUCUGGCUUCCGGACAGCUGCGGACCGUCAGCUUCCCUGGAAAAGGGAUGCUUGCCUACAGAUGACGCCUGGGUCUCUCCCCCGUGGGCAGACUAGAAAGGGGAAGUGGUCAGGAUGAGGCUCACUGUCUCGAGCGGUGGGUGGAGGGCCUGUGAGUGAGGAAUGCCUCUCGCCAGCUGUGCCUGAACCGCAGCACUCCGGCCACUGCUGUCUCCUUAGCCGCUCGGAUACCUUCACAGUUCAGGAUUCCACUGCAAUGAGUUGGUGGAGGAACAAUUUUUGGAUCAUCUUAGCUGUGGCCAUCAUCGUUGUCUCUGUGGGCCUGGGCCUCAUCCUGUAUUGUGUCUGUAAGCGGCAGCUUCGACAAGGCAAGAAAUGGGAAAUUGCCAAGCCCUUGAAAAACAAGCAAGCAGAUGAAGAAAAAAUGUAUCAGAAUGUUCUUAAUGAGUCGCCAGUUCAAUUACCGCCUCUGCCACCAAGGAAUUGGCCUUCUCUAGAAGACUCCUCCCCACAGGAAACCCCAAGUCAGUCGCCACCUACAUACUCAUUGGUAAAUAAAGUUAAAAAUAAGAAGACUGUUUCCAUCCCAAGCUACAUUGAACCUGAAGAUGACUAUGACGAUGUUGAAAUCCCUGCAAAUACUGAAAAGCAUCAUUUUGAAACAGCCAUUUCUUCUUUUUGACAAAACUGAAGAGGGUUCACACGACUUAUUUUAAAGCAAUGAAGAAUGGUUCACUUCAGUAGGUCUCUGGGCCCUGAAAGCCAGUGGUGAUUUUAUGAAGCUCUAUAAGAUAAAGCACUUCCCAAACCUUAGAUGAAGGCACCCCGGCAAUCAGAUGACUGCAGCCAGAGGGGAGACAUGGGUGCUCAGCUCUCAGGACUUAGAGGGGUCAGCCUUGCGUUGUUGAGGGAAGUUUCCAUGGGAAGGACCACGGGGCUCCAUGGCUCCCACCUGUGAGAAACUACUCAUUUCUUGGCACUCUUUCCCCCUUCACUCCCUUUGGUUUGCGUGGUUCUGAGUGAUCUGAAAUCUCUGCAUUUGGUUUUGCA